UGGAAUUUCUUUUACUGACAUGUUUCACUUUAAAAUGUUUCGUUUUUACGUGACGUGCUUUGCCGAUGUUAUCGCUGCCUCUCUGGUACAGACCUAAGCUGCAGGUCACAGACGUCGUGUAAGGACGUGGAGGGAAUUCCCCAAGAAGGCCUAUAAAUCUGUCAGAUAAGAAGGCAGCAGCAACGCAGUCUUGCUGAUUUACCGGGCUCGACCAGAGAUCUCUAUCUGAUCGGAAAGAUGGCAAUCUUUAAUCUCUAUUUCGCCAGCUGUGUGCUACUGCUGACCUUGAGCUGGCGCACAUCCACAGGACACCCGGUGCCUACUCUGAGCCCAGAGCAGUGCGCGCACUGCUCACUGCUCUUCAGGAGCCUCCUGCUAAAUGUCACACAGCUUGUCGACAGUGAUGUUUUGUGCUUUGGCAUCACAUCUGAUAAGGUGGUGAUGAAGAGUAAAGCUGACACAUUAGAGGCCUGCGCACCCACUCAGACUCAGAACUCAGGUUGCAUGAUGCAAAGGAAGUCAUCCUUCAGUGAGAGUGAAUGUUUGAGGAACAUCAUGAAGGACUUGGCUUACUAUGAUACCGCUAUUGAAUCCUACCUUGGGUUCCCACUCAGAAGUCCUGCGGAAGAACAUUCACUUCUGAGGCCAAUUCUGGGAACAAUAAAGAGCCUGAAGAACUGCUCCCUGAUGCCAGAAGGAGAGAACGACUCUUCAGAGAAGGAUGCUGCCCAGAUGUGGGGAGAAGACACCUACACUAACAGACAGGAGAUGUGUAAGAUGAUGAGAGGCUUCCACAUCCGAGCCAUCACCAUCAACCGAGCUAUGGGCUACAUCUCCUCAGGAGACCACAAGAAGUAAACUUCCUGCAAUUUCAUCAUUACCAUCAAUCCAAUCAGUACCGCCACAUCUCUAUUCAUUUCACAACAACAAAUCACAACUGAACAAGCCUUCUUGAUCAUUCACUACCAUCACUUGUACUCACAACUACUGAACAAGUAGUUCUUUACACUGCACAUGCUGAACAACUGUCUGCAUAAUCACUGCUCAGGCAUAAGCUAACUGACUCGAUUCCAGCAUCUUCACUCAAUUAAGAGCUGAAUGACAGUCAAACUAUUUCUAAGGUUAGCAGUGGAGGCCAUGUCGGCCUAUUUACACCUAUGAAUGUAAUUCAA